AUGAUACGCAAAGGCAAAUUGAAAUUUCAAACAAGAGAGAAGAAAAUGGGUGCAUUCUCCGGAGAACAAGCAGGCAACGAAACUGGCCAAGGCAUGUCUUCGAAGAAGAAACUGGUCGUCAUGGUGAACGGUUUGCCAGGGAAAAUGGCACUUGGCUGUGCUGAAAUCGUUCUAGAGCGGGGCUUCGAAUUGUGUCCCGUCUCACUAGCUGGUUCUCGAGGUGAGAAAAUUGAGAUCGCUGCUUCUGGAGGUGGUGCGUCGUCAAGCCGCGAAGUGGAACUUUAUCCUAAGGAUAAACACGAAGAGGCGAUGACACUUGCAUGUAAAAGCAGAGAUGCAAACGGGGAAGACAAGGAGUUGCUGAUCAUCGACUACACCUCUCCAUCCGCGGUCGAAAAUAACGUUACUCUAUACGCUAAAUACGGUAUCCCUUUCGUUCUCGGAACCACAGGCUUUGCCGGAGAUCCGAAGACCCUCACAGGUUUGGUUGAAAAGUCACCAACAUGUUACGCAGUGAUUGCGCCAAAUAUGAACAAGCAAAUCGUAGCGUUUCAAGCGAUGAUGGCCUAUGCUGCGGAGACGUUUCCUGGCGCUUUUGCCGGCUACGAUUUGUCGAUAAAAGAAUCACAUCAGAAGACGAAGAAAGACACAUCGGGCACUGCGAAAGCAGUAUGUGGACAUCUGGCGACGUUGGCCGGAAGGAAGGAUUUUGCGGUUGUGGAUAUUGAAAAGUUAAGAUAGAAGUGAUAGUACUAGUGCAUUCUUUCGAUUCCAUUAAGUGAGGAGCUGAGCGAAGAGAAGCAAAACGAAAAAGUAGAGGUCCGAUAACAAAACACGAAACACAAAAUUAGAACCAGACUGAGGCGUAAUGGUAAUUCUGUCUAAGAUUCUGAUAGUGCUG